AUGGAUCAGAUGCUGGCAAACAGCCUCAGCGGUGAGGUGAGAAUCAAGCACUCUCUGAAUAAGGAGGAAGAGUCAUUUGUAGUCAAAAGAAGAAAAACUGUUCUGAAAAGCCUGAUAAAACUCAAGAUACCCUGCAGUAAGGAUGCGGUGCCAAACAUUGCAUUACUGGGUUCUGGAGGAGGACAAAGAGCCAUGGUGGGUUUGCUGGGAUCCCUGGUUCAGCUUGAUAAAGCGGGUCUUCUGGACUGCAUCCUUUAUCUGAGCGGAGUCUCUGGAUCCACCUGGUGCAUGGCCUCCUUAUACCAAGAACCAGACUGGUCCACCAAACUAGAGACUGUGAAGGACCAAAUCAUCAGGAGACUCAGCGGUCCUGCAGUCAGCUGGGGAGAUGCAUUUGCCAAACUGAAGAAAUAUUACUAUGAGAAAGAUAUCUUCAGCUUGACUGACUUCUGGGCAGCAAUCUUCGUCACAACAUACAUCAAAGAGAUUGAUGAACACAGACUCACAGGUCAGCGUAACAAGCUCAAAAAAGACCCGUUUCCCAUCUACACAGCGAUCGACAAGCAAUGCAAACAGAACAGAGAAGGAGACCCCUGGUUUGAGAUCAGUCCACUUGAAGCUGGUUAUUCUCUCACUGGAGCAUUUGUGGAAACAUCCAGCUUCGGCAGCCAGUUUGACAAUGGUCGUAAGAUCAAGACCCAGCCUGAAAUGGACAUGCUGUACCUGCAAGCUCUGUGUGGCAGCGCUUUAGCGGAUGGAGAUGCGAACAUUAGCUUCAUCUGGCAAUCUAUAAAAGGUUUUAUUUCGAAUUUAAUGUCUUUCGAAAAUGAGAUGAUUGAGGGAAUGGAGAAAGAUCCAAACUCUCCACCUGCAGGCAAGUGUUCCAAGGUGCUCAUGGAUCUCGUGGACAUGAAUCUCUCUGUUUUAAAUGGCAUUGAUCCUUUUGAUCUUCACGAAUCCAUAAGAACAAAUAUGAACGAUCUCACUGGAGGCAAAGAUCAGCAUAUUUUUCAAAUGGAAAAACUGAAUCUCGCUGAUAAAGAGGCUGCAAUACUGCACAUAAGGAAGUAUACCUUGGAUAUAUGUGCAUGCUUGCGGGUUUCCUUCCAUUUCUGGCCAUUCGAUGUAUGCUUCAGCAUUUGUAGGGCUGCGGUUUUGUGGAUCUGGGGCAGAAAAUAUGACUUUCUACAGAACAUGACAGAUAAAACAGUGCCUCGUGCUCUUCUGAAGAGUGAGACGAGAGACUAUAUAGACGCCGGAGUGCUGCUGAACUCACCCUACUUCUCAGUGCUGAGAGAAGAAAGAAACAUUGAUCUCAUCAUUUCUCUAGAUUUCAGUGAUGGCGAUCCUUUCAUGGAUGUCUGUUAA